CAUUGCGCAGGAGCAGGACAAAUGUCAAAUGAAAAAUCGAUAAAGCUUUUUUCCUCACAUCAAGCAGUGUAUAUGCUAAAGAACUUAUUUCACUUGUUGGUAAAUAAUCAAUUCAAUUUAAUUAGAUAACUAAAAUCGAAACAUCCAUAAUAAAAAAGAGAGAGUUCUUUUUCGAAGCGCAACCGCUUGCAGCUCAUUUGGAAAGCAAAACGCUUUGCUUAUAUCAACCAAUUAAUGGCAGCAGCAUGAAUCCAGUGCCAAAUCGCGAAUAUAUCGAGGUGUGCGCUGCCGCCAUACAUCACCAUCAGCAGCAUCCGUACCCUCAGCAUCAGCAUCAACAUCAUCAGCACCAUCAGCAGCAUCAAGCRGUCGCACUCAAUACUUUAUUAAGCAAUGCACCGCCACCACCACCACCGCCCGUACAACUCCCACACCCGCACGAUUUGAAGGCGCCACCACACGAACAUCAGCCACAUUGCAAGCAACAGUGUUUUGUUUUCACAGAGAUUGCGGAUAUUGAACUACCGCCUGAGAUCACAAAGCUCGGCGGUGAGAAGCUAAAGAAUGGYGCAAUCRCCGCUGCCGCYUACAAAAUGAGCGCGUGCAGCGAUAGUGGCAGUGAGCCAAGCCGCUCUUCGCGCAAUCGUCGCCUGAUAGUGGUGCUCGGCAUAAUGUUGGUGUGCAUAGCAAUGGCUGGCGGCAUACCAUUGGCUCUACAGUUGCGUUCUUCCUCACUGCUGGAAGCGCGUUUGGCUUUUAUACGCCGUUUGUUGACCGAGUCACCACUUAUUGAAGGCUCUUCCUGGCAGCCACCAAUGCGUGGUACUGUGAAUCGCUCCAGUGGCGGUCUGUUGAAUGAGGUGCGUCGCAAUCAUGUCGGUGCGGUGUUUUGGCCAAUCUCAGUKCCCUGCGGUGCACAGUAUUUGGAUGCGGUGCAGCUGGCSUUGGAGGGUAUCGAYGAGGCGCGACGCAUCACCGCCAAUACGGAUGCAUUGCAUAUCGUGCUAUCCGCCGACGAAAUGGAACAGACGCAUAUACGUGGCGAGGUAGCUGUUAUGUUGGGUCUGGGUGGUGGCCAUACAUUGGGUGCUAGUCUGGCGGUGCUGCGUUCGAUGUAUCUGUUAGGUGCGCGCUUUGUAUCGAUCACUAGUUUGGAAUGCACUACACCAUGGGCCGCCGCUUGCAUACGCAGCCACGACUAUCUAUUUGAGGAAAAUGCCACSCACUCGAUUAACGAGUUCGGAAAGACAGUGCUUUACGAAAUGAACCGUUUGGGUAUGCUUAUCGAGAUUUCACAGCUUUCCGARGCGGCCAUGAUAACUGCUUUACAUACCGCCAAAGCGCCCGUUUUACUUUUGAAUGCUGUACCGAUUUCGCUCUGCAACAGCUCCAGCGUUGCCUCCAUACCCGAUCGCGUUUUGAGUUURCUCUCGGACAAUGGCGGCGUUAUWAUGCUGAACUUGGAACGUUGUGAUGAACGUCGAUUCUCGGUGCGCGAAGCUAUCAACGCCAUCAAUUAUGUACGCAAAGUGGCAGGUGUGGAUCACAUUGGACUUGGUGGCGCGCCAAAAAGCUAUGCUUUUCUACUCGCUGAGCUGGCACGCGAUCGCGUGUGGGGUAAUGCAGCCAUAAARAAAUUAAUUGGUGGUAAUGUGGUGCGUAUUUUGCGUGAAGUGGAGACGCUGAAGAAUCGAUUGCCCCUUUAUGAGGACUGGAUAYCGCGGGAAUUGGUAGAGAGCACAUCUUAUUGCCGCUAUCCCGAGACAUAAACUGCAGCGAGUUAUAAAAAUGGAAAGAGAGGCAGAUAAUACAAAAUAUUUCGUUGGAGUUUUUUGUUAGUGUAUGCACAAAAACAGUUAAUCCCACCCACCCAAACCCCACUACGUUUACCUAUGACAUAAAUGCAUGCAUAUUCGAAUAGGGAUACAUACCGGUAUGUACAUACCAGAAAACCACAAACAUAUAAUACUAUAGAUAGCCUGAUAGCUACUAGAUAUUCUCAAUAUAAUAGUUACAUUAAGCCUAGUUACUAAUUAAAUUUGUGUUUUAUAUAU